AUGGCUGCCAAUCCCACCAGCGCUGCUGCGUCCUGGUUCAAUAUGGCACUGUCGCAUCCAAGUUCCAAAACACAUGGGGCGGGCGAUGCGCCAAAACGGCACGCGGCUUGCGAUGAGUGCAGACAGCGCAAAUUAAAAUGCUCGGGAGAGCCGACAGGAUGUAGCCGCUGUGUGCGACAGUCACUGUUUUGUCAUUAUUCCAUCCAGAAGCAAAUGGGACGGCCUCCUAAAAGAAAGCGGGUUGAUGAGAGCAAACAGUCGGUAUCAAUCCAGACUCCGGAUGAGGGUGCGAUCACGGAUCUGUUGCCGAUUUUCGAGGGCAUCCCAGACCCGGUGGCCGCGCUGGAGGCUUCUAACAUGUGUCCUGCGAUCUACAAGUCCUUUAUGAAGGAUCAAUAUGACUUGAAAGCCGGGCCAUUUGUGACGAAUGGGCCGAUAUUCGAGUAUGAAGCCCUUCCGCCAGAGCAGAUAUCAGAGUGGAAGCCGCAAGAUCCGGACUACUCGCAAAUAAACACUUCAGUUUUGCUUCAGUCUCCAGAGUAUCAUGCCAUAGAUACCAGUUUUCCCGCGCCUUCCACUCAUACAACGAACCAGUGCUCCUGUCUCUCGUACCUCUAUUUAUGUCUCAGUUCUAUAUCGACUCUGUCGUCCUUCCCGCUGUCAGUCCACUCAUUAACAACAUUAUACAAUGCAGCCCGCACCGCGAAAUCCGUGAUCCACUGUCAGAUAUGUCCCAAGGCCUUCAACACGUCAAUGCAAAACCUUAUGCUCUUAGGUACGCUUCUAAACGUGACCGCCGACGGAUGGUUCCUUGUCUCCGGCAAAGAUCCUGAGCUCCUAGGAAAAGAGUGCGUUGACCUUUCAUAUAUUGCCUCACUGCCCACGGACCCAGAGUUACGCCAGCAACACUGGAAAAGCUGGUUACGGGGCGUCGUCAAACAUGCUGUGAUUGGAAGCAGUGUGCCGCCGAUUGUCCACGCUGCCCAGACUCAAUGCCUUGAAACGCCGAGCCUGCUCUCUUUGAUUGAAGACCUGGAGGAGAGGCAGCGAAAACGGCAUGAGGCGCUUGCGGCAGAUGCAAUGGCUGCGGGCGGUCAGCCUCAGUCUGGGCAUGGUGAUGAACAGGAUUAUUUUUGUAUGAGGGUUGUGGGGAGCGCAAGGCUGGUUAUCGCACGGUUUAAUUUUGAUGAGGAAUAA